AAUAGAGAGAGCGAGAGCGAGAGAGAGAGAGAGAGAGAGAGCACUCUUCUACCUGUCGUGUGCGCGACACAACUCGCAGCAAUGCGCGCGGACCGGCGCCGAUUCUUCUCUCCGUUUUGCAGAGCGAUCAGAUAGAGAGAGAUAAAGAGAAACAGACAGACAGAGAGAGAGAGAGUCUGGAGAAGCGAGCAUGGACUACCUUCAUCAUCUCCUCCUCUUCGUCCUCUUCCUCACCGUCACCUGUGAAGUUUCCUCACCUGCGCGCGUGCUGUGGCUCGGGAGCGUUCUGCAGACUCUGCAGCUGUGCUUGUCCAUGUCAUCAGUCUCGGCUUCAUCCAGCGGUGGCCUCAAUCACGAUUACAUGUUCAUCACCCCGGUGGAGGUCGACUCUCAGGGAAGUUACGUCACUCACAACUUGUCGAGGUCGAGGCACCGGAGCCGGAGGUCGAUAGAAGACGGUGGAGAUCGUGUGCACUACCAGCUCUCUGCUUUUGGGAAGGAGUUACACUUAGAGCUGCGGCCCGCUGGCGUGAUCGCCGAGGAGUUUACGGUACAGACGCUGAGCGAGGGCGGAGUCAGGGUCACGCACAUCGACCCCGACGUACGGAACUGUCUCUAUCAGGGCAGCGUGAGGAACCACACAGGUUCUACUGCAGCUGUUUCCACCUGCACGGGACUGUCAGGUCUGAUCCGGAUGUCGAGUGAGGAGUUCUUCAUCACCCCUCUACCCAAUCAUUUGGCAUUGGAGCACAACUACAGCGCCCCUGCCGGACACCAUCCACACGUCAUUUACAAACGCUCAGCAGAACGGCGCGUCCACGGGGACAGAACACAUAGAUCAGACCAACAUCACCACCAUCACCAUCGCCAUCGUCAUGACUACCAGCACGGGAGGUUUCAGAGGCAACACUUCUGUGGGCGCCGCAAGCAAUACACUCCUAAGCCCCCUGCAGAGGAUCACUUCGUAAUGCCUGACGAGUUUGAGUCUGCGGGUCGUGUAAAACGAUCACUGAUCUCAUCUAAUAAAGUCGGAGCUCUGAAUGUGGAAACUCUGGUGGUGGCUGACAGGAAGAUGGUGGAGACACACGGACAGGAAAACGUCACCACCUACAUCCUCACCAUCAUGAACAUGGUCUCCAGCCUGUUUAAAGACGGCACCAUCGGGACAGAUAUCAACAUUGUGGUGGUCAGCCUUCUCCUGCUCGAGCAAGAGCCACUGGGUCUCUCCAUCUCUCACCACGCGGAUCAGACCCUGAACAGUUUCUGUCAGUGGCAGUCGGGGCUGAUGGGUAAAAAUGGCAAGAGACACGAUCAUGCCGUUCUCCUCACAGGCCUCGAUAUCUGCUCUUGGAAGAAUGAACCAUGUGACACGCUGGGUUUCGCCCCAAUCAGUGGGAUGUGCAGUAAAUAUCGUAGCUGCACCAUAAACGAAGACACCGGGCUGGGCCUCGCCUUCACCAUCGCACAUGAGUCAGGGCACAAUUUCGGGAUGAUCCACGACGGAGAGGGAAACCCCUGCAGGAAGGCGGAGGGGAACAUCAUGUCUCCGACUCUGGCGGGGAAUAACGGCGUGUUCUCCUGGUCGUCCUGCAGUCGCCAGUACCUCAACCGCUUCCUUGGCACUGCUCAGGCCUCGUGUUUGGUGGACGAACCGAAGCUGAUUGGUCAGUAUAAAUACCCCGAGCAGCUCCCGGGGCAGAUCUACGACGCCGACACGCAGUGCAAGUGGCAGUUCGGCUCCAAGGCCAAGACCUGCAGACUCGACUUCAUCAAGGACAUCUGUAAGUCGUUAUGGUGCCAUCGGGUAGGGCAUCGAUGUGAGACCAAGUUCAUGCCUGCUGCUGAGGGGACGGCAUGCGGACCGGAUAUGUGGUGUCGUAAGGGGCAGUGUGUGAAGUUCGGGGAUCACGGGCCGAAGGCGGUUCACGGUCAGUGGUCAGAUUGGUCCGAUUGGUCGGAUUGUUCCAGAAGCUGUGGGGGCGGAGUUAUGUAUCGGGAACGCUCUUGCAACAGCCCCAGGCCGCAGCACAGCGGGAAGUUCUGCCAGGGUUCGAGUCGACUGUACCAGCUGUGUAGCACCGCGCCGUGUCAGCGAGACGCCGUGGAUUUCAGAACGCAGCAGUGCGCCGAGUACAACAGCAAACCCUUCCGAGGCUGGUUCUAUAAAUGGAAACCUUACACCAAAGUGGACGAUGAAGAUAUCUGUAAGCUCUACUGCAUCGCAGAGGACUUUGAGUUCUUCUUCGCCAUGUCGAGCAAGGUGAAGGACGGCACGUCGUGCUCCGAUCUCACGCCGGACGUGUGUAUCGACGGGAUCUGUGAGUCGGUGGGAUGCGAUCAGGUUUUGGACUCCGGCGCUGCGCUGGACGUCUGCGGCGUGUGUAAAGGAGACAAUUCCACCUGCAAACUCUACAGCGGCCGGUACAACUUACAGCACCGAGCCAACGAAUACUACCCGGUGGUGACGGUUCCUGCUGGAGCGCGGAGUAUCCGUGUCCAGGAGGUGGAGAUCUCCAGCAGUUACCUGGCGGUUCGAGGCCAGAAAGGUGGCUCUUAUUUCCUGACUUCUGAUUGGACGGUGGACUGGCCGGGAAAAUUCAACUUCGCCGGGACCACGUUCUUGUAUCGGCGCUCGAGUGAUCAGCCCGAGAGCCUGUACGCCCCGGGACCGACCAAUCAAACGCUCAUCUUUGAAAUCCUAGUUCAGGGUAAAAACCCGGGAGUGCUGUGGGAAUACACACUUCCUCUGCAGGAGAAAAAACACAACUACACGUGGAGAGUGAUCCGAUCAGACUGCUCCGCCUCAUGUGCAGGAGGGCGUGUGUCGGUGAAGGCUGUGUGUGUGCAGGAUGAACAGGUUCAGGUGAACUCCUCACUGUGUGACUCUCACAGCAGACCUGCGCUGGCGUCUCAGCUCUGUAACAUACAACCGUGUCCGGCCAGCUGGUCGCUAGGUAAAUGGAGUGCAUGCAGUGUGUCGUGUGGAGGAGGCCAGCAAAGUCGCACCGUCCGCUGUCUCAGGAAGGUGAUGUACCAAAGGGAGGAGUUAACUCCGCCCUCGAUGUGCCCUUCACCUGCCCUGGCUCUCACACAGCCCUGCAACACACACUCCUGCCCUCCGGAGUGGGGUACAGGCACCUGGUCACAGUGCUCGAAGACAUGUGGACGUGGUGUGAAGACACGGAGUGUGUUCUGCCACACUGUUAACCACGUCUCUGGUGCUUCGGUUCUCCGAGACGGCUUGUGCGAGCUCCAGCUGAAGCCCAAAGCUCAGGAGAGCUGCGUGAUGAGCCGCUGCCCUAAAAACGAGCGGCUGCAGUGGAUCACCACCGCCUGGGGAGAGUGCUCCGUUUCCUGCGGAGGAGGUGCGAGGACUCGAGAGCUGCGCUGUGCAGAGAGAGGCUCUAAUGGAGGUUUUACAGAAUUCCCCAUCAGGAGGUGUAGAAAUCUCCAGAAACCCCACACCGACCUCCAGCAGGCCUGUAAUAAAGCACAAUGUCCUGACCUACAGCGCCACAUCAAUCCCCCGGGCCUGGGGAGAGCGAGCGGUGCCAUGGCGCUCAGCUGGUACUCAUCACCAUGGCAACAGUGUACAGUGUCAUGUGGGGGUGGUGUGCAGACGCGCAGUGUUCAGUGUCUCCGACACGGCCGACCCUCAUCAGGGUGUUUAACACACCACAGGCCCAUCAGCUCCAGAGCCUGUAACACACACUUCUGCGCUCCACCAGGACUGGUGCCAGGAUUUGCUCUUAAAGGAGAGCAGUCGUGUGUCGAUUACUUCACCUGGUGUCGCCUGGUUCUCCAACACGGCGUGUGUAACCACAGGUUCUACAGCGAGCAGUGCUGCAGGUCAUGCUCAAUCAAGAAGCUAUAGAACACAAGGACUUUCCCAUGAGCACCCUCUCUGACUCAAACCACACUACGGAUACCCAAAGGGCCCAAGCUGGAUUUGGCGGAGGAAAAUAAAACGUUUAAAAAGAAAUGGACAAAAGAAAGCUAGAGGCAUGGAGGCCCGGUUCUUCCUGAAGUACUUGACGGGCAAAACACACGGGAGAAAAAAAGUCCACUGUGUGUUUGUGCUGAAACUGUGGAGGAGUUUUACAGGGACCGAGAAUGGGUUUAUAACUGGACUCUCAGUGAGGGACGUUGUUCCUGUAAAUGAACAUUCCUGUAUUAUUAUUAUUAUUAUUAUUAUUAUUAUUAUAAUAAUGUUUUUUUAAUUGUGAUCAUCAGAGUCGAAGAAAAUGUUGCGUUCGGUUAUAUUGUAUAAUUGUAUAAACUACUCACUUCCUGAGAUGUUUAUUUGUACCCAAGGCUGCACCGAGCUGAUACUGACUACAUUUCACAUUUCUGUUGGAUCUGGUCCGUGCUUUUUAAAUUUUUUUUAUUUUAAAGCACUAUUUAAUUGUGCUUCUAUGAAAAAUAUUAAAUUUUACUAAAAGAUAGGAAAAAUAGAGGGCGGAGCUUAGAUUCAAUCAUAAACUAGCAUUCCCUGCUGAAAAAAAAAAAAAAAAAAAAACGACAAACAGAAACUCAGAGUUUGUAAUGGUGUUAAUGGGAAGUGUAUUGGUUUUACUGGAAACUGUAAUGCCCCCUAUGGGUCUCUACUGGUAAUUUGUUGUAUUUCUUCUAUUGGUGGCAAGUUAUGUCUAGUGGAAACCAUUAUGGACCAAUAAUAGUAAUGGUUAGUUGAUGGUUUGCGAUCGUAUCUGUAGUGGAAACCAUUAGAAUUUUUGUGAUGGUUUCUAUUGCUUUGUUGGGUUUUUUUUUUUCCAGCAGGGUUUCUUUUCAUUCCUUCAUGUACUCUCUGAUGUACUGCCUCGCAUAUAAUACUGGUUUAAUCUACUGCACAACAUUAUAGUUUAGCUACAUUAGCUAACCUACUUAAAAUUCUCACAUUAGUAACGAUUUUAACAUUGAAUAACAUUUGAAUAACAUUUGAAUAACAUUUCUUAAAUGUUAUUCAGGGGAACAGUUUCUUUCACUUUAAGGUCAUCUACUUUGCUAAGGAAGGUCCAGACACAGCUGGGCAGAAUUGAAUAAAUAAGCUAAUAAAGCAGAUGUACUAGCAGUUAUUAGUACUAGUAAGCUAGCUAGCUUCCUGUAAGCUAUUUAACUCCAUAACGAAAACCAGUAGAUAUUUAUAUUAGAGAUUUUCUAGCAAUCAAGUUAACGUUAGAAGUGUUAUAUUGUGUGAUUAUACUAGCAUGCUAGCUAACAUGAGGUAAACUAUUUUACUGAAACAAGUUCAGAAGAAAGCCAGGAAACGUUAAGUAAGGUAUUGUGGUGAUGUGACCACACACACACACACACACACACACACACACACACACACACUUUCUACAUUAUUCAAGUGGAAAAAGGUCAGUAUCUGCUCUGUAUCAGGCUACAGCCGAAUCUCGACGCUCUGACUAGCGAGCGUAAAGCCAUCGUGAGUCUAACCCUGCGUUCCCACGAGCUACGUGACAAGUCCAUUGUGCCAUAGCUACUGCUAUUGUUGUCACUCGUGGGCGUGGCCUGUCCAGCUUUUUAUUUAGUCCCUAUGUGAAACAGUAGUAGCUCAAUAUGGCUUCUAAAGCUAACUUGUUCACAUUGAACAGCACACUAAAUCAGCGUGAAAAUCGUUACUCCUCAGAACAGAUUAGCAAAGCAAGGCUAACCCUACUAGCUACAAUACUACUUCCUUCCAUGCUUAAUUUUUACUCCGUAACGUUUCUGUACAUGUUUAACGUGACGUGGUAUACGACAACGCGAGAUGAAGUUUUUCGUCCAUUUCUGCUCAUUGAACAGUAAACGCGGGGAACUGAUUACAGGUAGGAACUAAAGUUGUGAGCGGGGAACUGAAGAAACGUCGGACCACACGCGCCGUAGGGUUGGUCUGAGCGAUUAUUCGAAGCAAAUAUCGCUGCGUUGAAUUGAAUCUCAGUUCAGAAACCUAGAAAAACGAGAAACCGUGGCUUUGUCGCGCGCUGGAGUGAACGCAGGGUUACGGCUUCACGAGCAGUUCAGUUCGAAAUGUUAUCGUUUAAGGAUUCCUGAUGGUCGCUGUUUUAAAUUAUUUGAGAUAUUGUGUGACUGUGCACAUCCACCUAACUCUUCCACCAAGACGUAAAUGUUCGUAGUGUAACCCCAUCAGCCAUGUUGGAAUGGCAGCAAUUACAGGAUCCACGGUUUAAACUCGAUCCAGCCGGUUCAUUUGUGUUCUGGUGCUGUUUUCCGUCAGGACGUACUGUAUUAUAUUAUAUAUAUAAAUAUGUAUAUAUUCAAAUUCACGUAUCGAUCAGUGGUGCAAUCUCGACUGCUUCAUCAUAAAGUUCA